AGAAUAAAUAGACCACAGAAACAAAGAGGGAGGCACAAGGUGGGUGAUAGCCAUAGGCGUUGCUGUUAUAAGUUGGCGUGUGGGUGAUGGACGACAAGUGGAAGGUAUCAAAGAAGGAAAGAGGCUCGAGUUCAAGCGGCCAAGCGUGGAGCUCUAGUGACAGCAAGUCAGUAUUCGCCAGGAGUGCCUCAGCAAAAAGCUCCUCUACUUCUAACUCUCCUCUGCUUCGAAGCUUUUCUCACAAGGCUCCUUCCUCUGCAUCGUCCUCCAGCUCCAAGUCCAAUCUUCCCAGGAGUUUCUCCCAAAAGAAUUCCACCUCCAUAGGUAAAAAAUGCACCGAUUUGGCCAAGGAACACAAAGCCAGGUUUUACAUAAUGAGGCGGUGUGUUGCCAUGUUAGUUUGCUGGCACAAGCAUAGAGAUUAAUUCUUGAAGCAAGUAUAUAGCAGA